UUGUGCUAACCUGGACCACCAGCAGUAUUUGCACAGAAAGGGUCGGCCGUUGCGCAAGAGCAUAUGGCCGACAAUGAAUUAGAGGAAGGGGAGGCUGGGCAGGGCUUGAAUCCCAUUGCCUGCAGCUACUGUCGACAGAGGAAACGCAAGUGCGACCGCCAACUACCUCACUGCCUUCAAUGCAGCCAUGACCCGUCCAACUGCCACUAUCCGGAGCAGAACAAGAGGGGGAUACCUAUUGGUUUCAUCAAUAGAUUGGAAGCACGCCUAGUGGAAACUGAAGAUGCCCUAUAUCGGGUUCUUCAGUUCAUUGACCAACGAUCGGUUGAUGAACCGAACUCACUACAUCACUCGCGACAAAGUAAAGCCGACCGCAUAAAAGAAUGGGACAGCCUUCCGUUGCAAUCAAUGGAUGAGGUACAUAAAUGGUACCAACAACGAAUUGGAGCAACCCCUUCGAGUGCAGGUGACUUGUCGAUCGACAAUCCGCCACCGAGCACUACCUGGCCCCUUCGCGCAAUCAACCAGAUGGCCGUACCGGUGCCAAUUACAGACAUACCCGAUACAGAAGUACAGCAGCCGAUAGUCGUAAAUACUGGACAGUCUAUGUCCGCCUCUGAUGGAGACAGCAUGUUGGAAGCAUCAUGGGAGCUGAACCACCCGCCAAGCGAAAGCAAGGCUAAGGACUUGGGCAAGAAACACCCCCAUUUGUAUUUUUAAUUAGCAUGUAAUUGCUAAACGGAUACCUCAUUUUUGCUACAUAUAGCCUUCUAAAGGACUCGUUUCCGGCGCGAAGUUCUCGGCCUCGUCGGGUAUGUCACCCGGUGGACCUGACUCGACAU